GAAUAAUGCCGAAAACAUUGAUGUCACUUGGUAACCAAGUAUCUCCUCUAUAUAAAAAUGGGAUGUCCCAUAGCUCUGAUCUCCUCCACAUUCUCUCCACAAAUUGUGUACACCAAAAUGCCAGGCAAAAUCAUCAUCCACGCAGUCCGACACGCCCAGGGCUAUCACAAUCUUGGUGAAGAAUUCUUUCACCUGAGAGACCCCGCGCUAACGCCAUUUGGUCAACAACAAUGCAUCGAACGACGAAAAGCCUCGUUUCAGGAUCAGUCCAAGUUCAAACUCAUCGCAUCAUCGCCAAUGAUGCGAACCCUGCAUACGACAAAUCUUAUUUUUGAUGAUGCCAUUCAGACACAGGAUAUCCUUGCUAUCCCGGAAGCCCAAGAAAUUUCUGAUCACGGUUGCGAUAUCGGAACAGAUCCUGCUCUUCUCAAGGAGAUGACGUUGCGGAACGAGUGGCCUGUUGACCUGAGUCUUGUACCGGAAGGUUGGAAUGAUAAGAACCUCUAUGGACCGAACAGUCCCGUCACAGGCGCAUGUGCAGCACGUGCUCGCACAGUGAGAAGAAUACUCAGAGAAAAGGGUAUUGCUUUGAGUCAAGACACCGACGAGGACAUUCACAUUGCCCUAGUUGCUCAUGGAAGCUUCAUGCACUAUUUCAGCAACGACUGGGAAAACAGCACGACAGGAUGCGGUACAGGUUGGAAGAACUGCGAGACAAGGCGAUAUGUGUUUCAAAACGGCGAGUGGGACGAGAAUGCUUGGCUUAUCGAGACUGGGGAGAGCAGAUUGGCCCGCGGCAUGAAGGGUCCCGCUCCCUCGGCAGAGGAGCAACGGCGGUUAUAUGAGAAGACUAUGGUUGGCUGGGUUGAUCAGGGACUGCCGGAUAUAAGGUACCUGGAAACAGCUUCGGUCAUGCCGAUGCAGGAGCACUCAAGGUUGUAAGAUGCACGGUAGAUGGGUAUGUUUUGCAUGUGAGGAAUGAUAGAACAUGUGGAUGACAACAUAACGACAGAAGAUUAGUGUGAGCGGGUAUAUGCUAUCCGGGUCUUAGAUAUAGAAGAUUUGCUUUUGUUUGCCGGCCCAUAGGAACGAGAAUUCUUCGGAUUAUGGGACCGGAUGUAGCGAUUCAAGUUAUGUAUUAAACUGUGCGAGAUCAUCGUGUUGAUAUUUCUGGUGGAUAUGCUAAUAUCCCAUGCAUCUUAUGAAAAUUGCACAGCAGUCACCAUCGGCAUACAUAUAUGAAACUGGAG